AUGGUCAGAGAUUUCAAGAGUCCAGUAAACGUUUCACCAUUGAUUCGAACAACCCGGUGGUGUUUUCUGAUAGGAGGAGUCAUAUACGGUGUAUUUCGACAUAAUGUACUGCAGAAUUACGAGAACACAAAUCGUGAGUAUCGUUUGCAUAUGCAGAAGGAACGAGAUGAGGCGAUUCUAAAGCUUACAGAAAGUGCCGUUGAAGACUCGUCGCACGGCCGCCCGAAACGAGGACCAGAAAACCACCACCGACAACAAAACGAAUAA